AUGGCUCACAAUUUCGAAAGUGCUGCAAUUGACAUUGAAUUGCUGGAAAAAGAAAUCUCAGCGAAAGAACAGGAGAGACGCGACCAGCAAUAUAUUGAUUUGAGUGGGGAAAUUGCUGGAGCAACUUCAUCAAAGUCACGACAUUUCGCUGUUGAACCUGAUUUAAAUAGCAAUUUUGAUACAUUGGAUGAACCAAUUUGGAAUACUAUUAGACGGGAUUUGCAUACUGUUGGUGCAAAAUUUGGACAGGUUAUGGCGCCCAGAAGCAGUCAACAAUUACUGCGCGAUUGGGAUCUUUGGGGACCACUUUUUAUAUGUGUUUUUAUCUCACUAAUGUUACAAGGAGGCAAAAGUGGCAAAGGUCCUCAUUUCACAGAAGUUUUUAUAUUGACUUUCUUUGGCUCAUGCGUUGUCACUCUGAAUACAAAGCUGCUUGGUGGUAACAUAUCAUUUUUUCAAUCACUCUGUGUGCUUGGUUACUGUUUGUUGCCUCCUGGUUUAGCAGCUGUAGUAUGCAAAUUUAUUGAAAUAAACUCCAAGCAGACGCCAUUUCUCUUCGCUUUACGUCUUCUAGUCACCACGGCUGGCUUCAUCUGGGCAAUAUAUGAAGGCAAAAGUGACAUAUAUGUUCAAGGCGCACUGAUUCCUCCUCAAAUUCUCGCAGAGAUUUUAAUCAGAGUUAAUAAUCCUCGUGAUGUUGGUUACGUGUGCCCUCUGGUUUGUCAUCGAUGGUACGAUAUUUUAUCUGCUCCGGGUUUCUGGAUCAGUUACAUGAUAUACCGAUCAUUGGAUUUGCCUCCCAGUUUCUUACGAAAUGAACCUUCACUGAAUAUCAAGAAAGUUUCUCUAAAGCAGGCUUUUAGACGAAAUUUAAUCAGCAAUCCCAGUGGUGCUGAUGGAUCUAUGCGAGGCUGGGAGUUGGGUGAAGAUGGCGGUGAUGGAUUCAAAGUCGAGAGACCACCAUUAGGUUGUGUGAAUCCGGAAGAUAUAUCAGUUGCAUUUGCGACAAGUUUUGACUGGUGUAGUAAAUUUCAAGUCAUUGAUUUGUGGAAGAAAGGGAUUGACCGUACUUUCCUGGAUAAAUUUUGUCCACCAAUUACUGUUUCGGAGUACUAUAAUUGUCGCUUCGAUUGCGCAUCAAUAUACUUAUUGGAAGUUCAGCUACUUCCUAAUGGAUCGAUGCCUUUGGAAUUUAGGCCAAUGCCAGGACUUAUCAAUUGUUCUCAGUACCGUCGUCUUAGUCAAGAACGUAAUGUACCGGUACGUGAUGAAACAACCGAUACUUCAAUAACCCGAGUUCGUAUGUUGAGAGAAAUUGAGUGGCAAAAGAUUGAACAUACAUUUUCGAAUUAUCCUAAAGGAAUUCGUUACGUAUUAUUUCAACACAGUGGAAAAGAUCAGCAAUUUUGGGCUGGACAUUAUGGUUCAAAAAUGGCUAAAGCUUCAGUUAUUGUAAAUUAUGUGAAUGAAAAACGAAGAUUUAUACCUUGA